CUUCUUCCUUCUUUGGUCCUGUCAGCUCCUUCACAACCAACUCACUUCUUCUUCCAUUGCUUCUCUUUUCUGCCCUCCUUUCUUCCCCUCCCCCCCUUCUUUUCAUCUCCUGAUGGUGGUUUGAUCCUCUAGUGUCAAUCACCUCUACUCUUCCAUCAUUCAUUCUACCUUCUUCUUCCCCGGUACCUUAUUUUCCUCCUCCCGCCCACUAGCUCGACACCGCUCUCGUGCGCAGUCCCCGAUCCAUGGAACAGUCGUAGGUUCCUGAAUCCCUGCACCUUUGUUCUCAUCACCACCGCCCAUCGGCUGUUCACGACUCCACGACGAAACGAAUUCGCUACUUCGACCAUCAUCCACUCUGCCGUCAAAUCAGUGUUAGUUAUUUUCUCCUUGCUAGCGACCGAGACGGCUGGGAACUUCUCUAGAGUGGGCCUGGUGGACCACCAACCACACACUUGACUUUCCGCCCGGAAGUACAGAUCCGGUCUACGAAGCACAUGUUCUCCUUCUCCUCACACUGAAUUCACAUCAUGCCUGCUCAAAUGGACGCCCUGGGGGCUUUCACCCACCUUACCGAAAACAUUCCCUCCUGGAUCGAUCGACUUGCAGAAUUAUCUGCCCACACUGCUGCGAAACACGCAGAAUACGCCGAGGCCUACAGAAGGCAUGUUUCGGUGAGACCGCGCCGUCGCAAGAACAGCUCUGUCUGCUCCAUCCGAACCGAGGACCUGCGCUCGUCGGCCCCCGAGACAGAAACUCGCCCUCAAUCUUCCGCAGCGGCAACAAACACCACCGUCACGACGCCUAAUACCUCCCAACACGAAGCGAAUGUGAACCCUCGUAAACGGGGUGCUGAAGAUGCACCCUGCAUGGAAGCCAGGGACAGGGACCUGCUUGUCAGUACGCGCAACAACCUCAUCAUUCAUUAUGACGGCCAUACGCAGCACGUUUUGGAGGAAAUGGUGCGCCAUAUCGGAACAGCUCGCAACAACAUUCGGAAAGGCAGAAUGACUCAGCUGCCGUUGCCAGGAUAUCGCAGCAAGAUGCUGGACAGAAGCGCGAGGAUGAAUAGCUUGGCCCCUUCACUUUCCCCCUCCGAGUCCGGCGAAGACGAUGUGUUAUCUAGCAUCCGCAAAGCCCGAAACCGGGGCCCUCCGGUGCCUCGCGCCCCGGAAAUGCCCAGAGAGUCGCCAUUUGAUAUGGCGGAGAAGCAACUGGAACUGGUGCAUGGAGUGUGUGAGACGGCGGCAUACCAGUUUCUUCGGUCCGGAGACUGUUCGACGGAGUUGAGCAGCGUAGAAGGCAAAUUCAAGAGCCUUUUAGACCUGGCUACCAAUGAAGUCCGUCGCUUGAAGGCCGAACAGCCCCAGGAACCGACUAUUGAGGAGGACGAGACGGAAGCACCGGCCAUGGAACCCGCGACCACGACCAUUGAGGUUGACAGGCAAUCUUUGUCGAAGAUGGACACCAUUGAGGUGGAUGAUAGUGCGCAGUCAGUGGAAUCAAUCGACUUGACAGCUUUUCGCGCUAAUCGCCUUCGCCGAGGAUGAGCCAUGGCGACUCACUUACAGCAUUGCGGGCGCACUCCUUUAGCGUGGUUGGGUUGCAUACCCUUCAAUAUUCAUUCUACAUAAGCGACGAUACCACCGGGAUACAUUUUUUUAUUUUGCUUUGUGUUCCAUCCCUGUCUCUUUCUGAAGCUGCAUUUUUCUAGCCAUUUACUAUUGAUCAUAUCUCACUUACAAGCGUGACUGUCAUUAAAGCGCGUGGAGUUGGCUGGGGCAUUUGUUUUGUCUGGACUUUUAUCAUUCAUCCCUUCCUUGCUAUUCAUCAAAACACAUCUUUCUAUCUGCAUACUAGUUGUUGUCAAUGGGUACAUAUAUUGUUCGACCACAAAUCAUCCACUCGAUACGGACUCAAUGGGUUAGUUAUCAAUGUGGUGCCCAUGGCAUCCAGCCUGUGUAACCAGGUUGCCUUGUCCCCCACGGGCAUCUAGCUACAUUUAGUGGUUGCCCAGUCCAGUCUAUAGUAAGUAUUACCUAGUGGGAAUCGUCACAGGGGUGACAAUACCAUACCGGGCUCCAUCCCUCGGGCUCCACUCUCAUACAGACGGAGAAGGCGGAAAUCUGACAUUCCUUCCUCGUCGCUACUGUCCAUAAUUGGUCCAUCGCCUCUUUAGCGAUGUUGUUGAACCCCGUCUAGCCAUUGAACCUGGAGCUGAUCCAGUCCCGGCCCCGCCGCGAUGGACCAGAUUCCAGUGCGAAUCCGGGAG